CCUCCCCGCCGUGCUGACAUCAUGGAAGGCAUGUGAAGGAGGGGAGAAGGGGGCUCGUCUCCAGGGAAAGGGGCGCUCAGCAGCGAGGAGUGAAAGCUGCAAAACCAGCUCGAGGAGAAAAGGAUGCGACUCAACGAAACCGAGGCCGCCGGCUAGGGGCAGCGCAGGCAAAAUGCAUCUGCUCCAGCAACCUCAGCCCUCGCUUGUGUCACUUCACAACGCGUGCAUCAGCUGUGUGCACCCUGACCCGGGCCCAGGGCAGUUCCUCCGAAGCCAGCACUCUUAAAGGCUGCUCACGUGGGGGGGGGGGCAGAGGCAUAGCAAGCGCCCUCUCUACCCUCCGACCGGAGGGGGCCCCGCAAGGAAGGGGGCCCCUAAAAGUGGCAAAAAAUAUAUAAGGUAUAACUAGGUACAGGCACAUGAAACGGACAGCGCUAGCAGCGACGAAUCGUAUCCAGAAAUAUCCAGAAGUGCUUCAAGUGAGGUCGAAGGUGAAGCCAGUUGUUCUACCAAACAAACUGUGACAGAUAUUCCAGCUGCUGCCGGGAAAGAAGUAUCUGAAUCUGAUGAUCCAGGAGAUUGGCCGUCUAUAAUAUCGGACAGGCAAGUGUGUGACAUUGUUGCAUGUGGCUCACCGCAGUAGAAUGAAAGUUACGAAUUUCCAUUUAACGAGGAAAGACGGAAGUUCACAAGUACUCAUUUCUAUCGAACCAUGGCAAAUGGCGAAAAAAUAAGACGUUCAUGGUUAAUGUACUCAGUUCAGAAAGAUGCCAUUUUUUGUUUUUGUUGUAAAUUAUUUGGCACUGGCGACAUACCGCUACGUUGUGGAACAUCUGCUUGGAAAGCACUGUCAAAAAGACUUCAGCAGCAUGAAACAGGCAAAGGUCAUCAAGACUGUAUGGUGAAAUGGUUUGACCUUCGGUCAGGCAUAGUAAACCGUACAUCUUUUGACCAACUCGAAUUGCAGGCUUUUCUGAAAGAAAGAGAUUGCUGGAGAAAUUUUGUCAAACGCAUGGUUGAUGUCGUUAUUUUCUUGUCCGAAAGAAACUUGGCAUUUCGAGGAAGUAAUGAAAAGCUCGGCGAUCCUUCGAAUGGCAACUUUUUGGGACUGUUUGAAUUGCUUGCAAAGUAUGAUACUGUCCUCAGCGAACUUUUACAGAGGAUUAAGAAGGCAGAGACACAUGUUCAGUACCUCAGUCCACAGAUCCAAAACGAGCUGAUUCAACUUGUUGCCAGUAACAUUCAAGAGGCCAACAUAGUGCAGCUUAAAAAAGCAAAAUAUUAUUCAGUUAUUUUGGACUGUACUCCCGACGUGUCACAUGAAGAACAGCUGUCCAUGGUGUUAUGCUUUGUUGAAUGCAACGGUGAAGAUGGUGUCAAUAUUCGUGAAGCGUUUGUUGGUUUUCUUAAUGUUCAUGAUACAACUGGCGAGGGCUUAUUGGAAGCGUUUCUUGAAAAGGCAAACAACUUAGGAAUAGACAUUGCUGAUAUGAGAGGCCAAGCUUAUGAUAACAGCGCAAAUAUGAGAGGAAAGAAUAAAGGAGUUCAAGCCCGCAUGCUAGAAAUAAAUGAUCGUGCCUUGUAUGUACCAUGUGGAGCUCACACUUGGAAUCUUGUGAUCUCAGACGCGGCAAAGUCAUCGAAAUAUGCCGUUGACUUUUUCAGUCUGAUUAACAGAAUAUACGUUAUCUUUUCUUCUUCACCUUCACGUUGGGAUAUACUUCAAGAACAUAUGCCAAUAUCUGUUAAAGGGUUAUCGGACACUCGUUGGGAGUCGAGAAUUGAUGCCGUGAAGCCAUUGCGUUAUCACCUUGAAGAAUUGUGCAAUGCUUUGUCAUCUUUGCGAGAAUAUGCGCUCGAAAAGAAAGAUGGCAAUACAGCAACAGAAGCCGGUGCGCUUUUAGACCAUUACCACAUGGCCUUUUGUUCUGACUGUGUACACGUGGUGCGAUAUACUAUUUCAUGUCAAUAAAACCAGCAAAUUAAUUCAGUCACCAGAUGUGUCAAUUGACGUACUGCAGGCAGAAGUCGGUGCUACACAGAAGUUUUUGGAAGACUAUCGAAAUACAGGAUAUAUCUCUGUGGUCACAAAUGCACGUGAAAUAGCAGAGCAUAUGGGUAUUGAUCAGGUGUUUCCAGAAACCAGGGUGCGAUGAAAGAAGAGAAUGUUUGAUUACGAAUGUGCUGAUGAUUUGAGUCGUCUUUCUGCCGAAGAAAAAUUCAAAUCGCAGUUCUUUCUUGUUCUCACUGAUCAGGCCAUAUCUUCUGUUUUGUCGCGAUUUGACCAACUUGUGGAGUGGUAUAAGUUGUUUGGAUUUCUGUACAACGUUAACAGCCUGAAGCAGUGUCACAGAGAAAAUGAACUGGAGAAUCACAGCAAAAAUUUUGAAAGAAAAAUGGGAGACAUUGAUGCCAACGAACUCAUAAUGGAAUUGAAUCGUUUUAUUUAUGUCAUCAAGAAAGAGAGAGGACUUGUCACGGCAAACAAUUUUUUAACGUACAUAUACAAGAACAGCCUUCUGGAGAUAUAUCCGAAUCUUUGCAUUUGCAUCAGAAUUCUUCUGACCACACCAGUUACUGUCGCUGCUGCUGAAAGGAGCUUCAGCAGAAUGAAACUGAUCAAGAAUUUCCUGCGCUCAACCAUGACAGAUGACAGGCUUUCGGCGCUUGCAGUUAUCUCAAUCGAAAUAAAGAUUGCCAGAUCUCUGGACUAUGAUGCAUUGAUUAACCAAUUUGCGGAAAACAAGGCUCGAAAGAAGCGCUUUGCAUAAAUACGGAAUACAUGUACACUGUAGGCCUGUGUACACAUAAUAUGAACCCUGUAUAUUGUAUAAAAUAAAUACCGCAUUCCAGUU